GACGGGGAGGUUGCGUUGGGGAAGAUUGUUCCAUCCUCAUCCUCAUUCCUAUCCCCAGCCAGGGCCGAAGGGAUGAGGAUGGGGAUGGGCAGAAAGCAAGGGCAGCUGCCGAGGUUUUUGCUCCGACGAGCAGUGCCUGCCCAGCAUAAAUUAUGCUAAUGAGCGCCCCUGAUAGGUGCAGCCGGAGAAGGCGGUGCGCCCUCGCCCCGUCUCUCGUUUCUGAUUGGCUGGGAGCUCAUGAUAUGCUAAUGAGGCCGCCGGCGGGCUGUGCUAUUGUCCGGUGGGGCCGGGCCGGGAGGAGCCGGAGCUGGCGGCAGGGCCGGGGCUGGGAUUGGGGCCGGGGCACGGAGCCGCCCAGUGCCGGGUGAUGAGGGGCCGGCCGGGCUCUGCCUGCAGGAUGCAGCGAUUCUAUGACCUACAUUCAUGGCGAGGAGGUCCCCAGCCUGCCGCAGCCACCGCCGCCGGGCCAUGAAGCGGCACAAGUGACAGGGACAGAGUGCCCGCGGGCAUGGCCAGCCCGGCACCAUGGCUGCGCUGGACACAAACACAGCUGAGGCGCUGCAAGGGAGAGCAGCAGGAGGAGGAGGAAGACGACGACGACUUUGAAAAGCGAAUGGACGAAGAUGGAGUGAUCGGCUUGGGGGAGGAUGCCGGGAGCCCCCCGUGGGGCGACGGCGAGGGCCAGGAGGUCGAGUCCCCGGCGGAGGAGGGUCGCUGGCACCCGCGGCGGGAAUCAGCGGAGGAGGAGCGCGGCAGUUCGCGGGGGGACGAGUCGCUCUGGGGGGCAGAGAGCGAUGGGGAGCCCUACCCGGAGAUCUCCUACGAGGGUCAAUGGGGCUCGGGGUCCAGCGGCAGCCCCGAGGCGCUGCGACGUGGCCGAACUCUGUGCCAGCCCAGCGCCUGCAGCACCGACGGAGCGGACACCUCAGGGCUGUCGGACACCAGCCCUGGCCCCUCCACCCCGUCCCGCCGCCACCGGGGCUGGGGCACGGUCGAGGAUACCAGCGGGGGACACGAGCAGGGCUGGACCCCGAGACGGAGCCUUCUGCUGCCCUUCUCCACCGAUGACCCCCAUGAUACCACCAGCAUCGAGCCCAUCCCCAAGCCUCAGCCAGCUGGGAAGGAACUACCAGCCCCUGGCACAGUUGCCUUGGCACCUACCGGGAAGCCCUGGAGCGAUGGGACUCCCUCUGCACCCCAGCUGCAUGACCGGUCCCAGGUCCCCAAGAAAACAACCCCUACGGCACCGCACCCCAAGCCCUGCCGGCCGCUGCGGUCCCUGAGCCCCCGGCGGCGACACCCCGGCGGCAGGGAGGCAAGGGAGCCCUCGGGAGCGGGCAGCGGCACGGCGGAUGGCACCCAGUACGGCCGAGGGCGGCUCAACCACCCUCUGCCCGACCUCUCCAAGGUGGAGGCUCGGGUGAAGUUCGACCAGAGCUACCGUCCCCCGCGGGGCAGGGUCCUGCCCGCCUGCCCCCGGGCCCCGGGCGGCCCCAUCGGCUUCAAGUCCCCGGCCGAGAUCGUCCGAGAGGUGCUGCUGAGCAGCGGGGAGGGGGCCCCUCCGCAGCCCCCCGCCAGCCCUGGCGUGCCGCUGGAGCUCAGGUCGCCCAGGCAAGCCACGGCGCUGGUGCAGCAGCUGCAGGAUGACUACCACAAGCUGCUGACCAAGUACGCCGAGGCUGAGAACACCAUCGAUCAGCUGCGCCUGGGUGCCAGGGUGAGCCUCUACGCUGACCUGCCACAGCCCAGCCGCAGCCUGGCUGUGGGCACCAUGGGCAAAGGCUGUCAAGUGAUGGCCCUCAGCAUCCCACAGGCCAGGACAGCAGCUUUCAGCACGGCCCCAGCCACAGCCUCGCCAGCCUCACCAAGUGGAGCUCCAGCACCAGGACCAUCAGGCCAGGAGGAAUCACCUCAAUCUCCUUCCUCACCUCCACCCCGUGGGUGCUGCCCUACCUGCCAAGGGCCAUGCUGCUGCUCGGGGUCCCAGCUGACUCAGACACUGGCAGGACAGACCCAGAAGCUGCAGGCACAGGUGGAAUCCUUUCAAGGCUGGAUCCAGGCUGGAAGCCCUGCAUCCCGGGAGCAGCUCCAGAGGCUGAGGAUGCUGAAGGCUGCGCAGGACGCUCUGGAGCAGGCGUACCUGGGAGCCCGGCAGCAGCACCCAGAGACCUCGGGGGGCUUUGAUCCCGACCGCUCAGUGGAAGGAGACAUUUUCCGCCUGGGGCUGCACCUGGAGGAGCUGAAGGAGCGGCUGGAGCCUGGGGCCAGGCGGCAGCUCCCUCCUCAACACCCAGCCCAGCCCCACUCCCCUCCAGCCCACUCCCCACUGCCUACCUCUAGCUCCCUGCACCCCGAGAGCCCAACACAGACAGAAGGUCCCCGAGGGACAGCGGGGGACAGCAAGGCUGUGACAGAGUGGUUGCCCCGACCCCUCUGGAACAAGCAGCAACGUCUGGAGGAGGAUUUUGGUGACCUGCUGCAGCAGUGCAAGCACUUCAGGUCCCUGCCGGAGUCACUGAGCCUGGAGCAGCUGAGCCUGACAGAAAGUGGAUCCCAGGAGGAGGUGGAUGGGCCAGCAGCAGGGGAUGGUGGCCCCAGCGAGGGAGGCCCCAGGAGGACAUGGUCACUAGAGGAAGGGGCUGACCUUGAGACCUUCCCCUCGCACCCCCCAGAGAGAAGAGCUGUUCCACCUCCCCUCGGCGUGACCCCAUGGCCAGGGAGGACACAGAGCCACCUGCUCACCGCUGAGGAGCCUCCAGCCGCCGCCAAGCCUCCCCUGAGGGUCCCCACCCCACCGCAAGCCCCCACGUCCCGCCGCAGCAGCGGGGGGGGCAGCGCUGUCACCCAGCACCGCUCCGGCAAGGAGCAGCGCAUCGUGUCGCCGGAGACCGACAGCGGCUUCGUGGGCUCAGAGGCCAGCAGGGUGUCCCCCCCCGUGCACACCCCCGAGCACCAGCCUCCCGCCUCCGGGACCCCUGGCUCACUGGGCCCCUCCGUCCCCAUCCCUGCGACCCUCCACCCUCAUCGGAAGAGAGAGGUGCCCCCGCUUCCCUCUGAGACUACACCGACGGGCAUCUACCCCGCGGGUGGGCAGGGCAGCACUGGGGGUGCCCACCUGCCCCGCAGCACCCCCUGGCAGAGCAGCUCCCCCCGUCACUGGGCUGAGAGUGCAGGCAGCGAGCUGGGACACGACGGUGACAGCACUCACACGGACUCGGAGGCGGAGGGCAGGAGCUGCGUCAGCACCAGAGGCCACCCCCCUGCCACGACCAGGGGCCCAGCCAGCCCCCCACCGUCCCCCAGAACACCUUCCCCCACCCUGCUGUCCCCUCAGCCGCCGUCCCUCGAUGCGUCUCACUGCGACCUGCUGGGCUCCCGUCUGCAGCGCGACCAGGCCAUCCGCGCACUGCGGGACGAGGUGCGGCGGCUGCAGCGGAGGCUGGAGGAGAGCCUGCGGCGUUCCCACAGCUAUCCCGACGGAAAAGCCACCACCCUGCCUGCCACCCUGCCCAGGAGGCAGCCAAGGGACAAUGGACGGUCGUCCCCCAACGACACAAGGCCCUCGGGGGAACCAAGCCCAAUGGCACAGGGCAGGGUGCCCCCUGGGGUGGCACCCACGAGGAGGAUGCGAUCGGCCUCAGUGCCACGGGACGGACCAGAGCUGGAGCUCAGUAAGUUGGACUCUGCUGGGAUGGGGACAGAGGGGACAGCAGGGACACGCUGCUCCCUGCACACCCUGUCCCCGCAUGCAGAAAGGUGCUGGGGGUGCUGUGGGACCACAGAGACCAUGCAGGUCCUCUUGGCCCCGUGGGCCCCCGCAGCACUCAGCCCAGAUCCUGCAGAUCCCACCGGAUCCCACCCUGCUUCCCUCUCCUCUGCCACAACCUCCAAGCUGGACCCCUCCUGCGCUGGGCCCCGGACCACUCCCUCCCCGAGGAAGGCGCCCCCGGGGCCGGUGAGCUUUCGGGGGCAGUACACAGGUGGGUGCCAGUGGGUUGGUGCCAGGAGCUGGUGGUGGCCAUCCCCACGCUGGGCUCCUCGGCCAGGUGCCACCCCGGCACCCCGGGAAGAGCUGGGCGCCUCGGGAUGCCCUCGGUGCCACGGGAGCUGGCCACUGUCAGGUGAUGCCAGCAGGCAGCCCCAGCACAGCACCCCGAGGAGGACACACUGCCCCACUUGCCGGGCACCCAUAGGUACUCCUGCGCCUGGCAGCAGGGACAGAGCCACACACGCAGAUGCUGGCCCCAGCGGCAGGUCCUCCCCAGGCUCCCACCCUGAGCCCCGGGCUGAGAAGCUGGAGCAGCCCAGACUCUGGUACUUGGCAGCCAGCCCUGCUGCCGCCGCUGCCAUCAGCUGCCUGGUGCCCGUGCCCCUCGUGCCUUACGUGCCCUCCAUGAUCUACUGCUCCCCAGCAGCACCUACCUCAGCCCCCGCCGCGCCCGGGGUCCCCCUGCAGCGCGCCGCGGGGCACCGGCAGGCACAGCACCCGCCCUGGCAGCACAGCGCUGCCCACCACCGCUUCAGCCUGGACCCGCAGGAGCUGGAGGAUCUCAACUGGUCGCUGAGCCGUGCCGUGGAGGCUGCCCAGAGCAUGAGGGUCACCACCACUCGCAUGAGCAGGGUGCUAGCCACCGAGCUGGGCCGAGUGCGGGACCUGCGGGGCUCCUGCCUCUUCUGAGGUGCCCCGCGGCACCUCCCAAACCCUGCCUGCCCCUGCAACGGGCAGCAGAAAGAGGAUGGACCCCCCCCCACACUGGGUACUCUCUGCCAGAUCUGUGGGCACUGGGCUGGAGGCAUCUCCACGGGGGUCUGCACUGGCUCCCAUCCCUAUCUGUCUUGCCCGAGUCCUGCAUCACUUCCCCAUCUGUCCAUCCACGUUCAAGGUACCCAAGCUGCAAGAGAGGAGCAAGAUAUGGGCAGAGGUCUCUGAGACCUGCCCCCCCACACCCUGAGGUGUAGGAGCAGCUCAGAGCACCAUCCUCUGGGACCCGCAGGGUGGCUCUGUGUCCCCUAAGGCAGCCACCCCUCCAAACUCAGCACUUCUAGGGCUGCUCUGACUUUGUGCAGGUCCCACAGGGCCAGGCUGGAUGGUACCUUGAGCAACCUGGUCUAGUGGAAGGUGCCCCUGCCCAUGACAGGGGGUAGGAACUAGAUGAUCUUCAAGGUCCCUUCCACUCCAAACCACUCAAUCAUUCUAUGCUGCAACCCAGCUGAGCCCCCCUGGGCAGCUGCCAUUACCUCUGUGCCUGCAUGGGCUGAAAUCCUUAUGAUUCCUGGUUCAUCCAACCCCUUUCCCAACCUCUGGGCAUCAUCCUGGGGGGCAUUCAAUGCCUGAGGUCCACCUGAGGUCAUCCCCUCCACCCUUUGUGCUGCCCUUGGGCUGGAGCCCAGUGUGUGUUCCCUUUGCUUUCUGUGGUCUGCUGUGAUCCAAAGUAGCCAGAGAGCAGCUGAGUCACCCUCCUGGGGCUGGGUGGUGACCUAUGCUGUGUGUGUAUCCAUCUGUAGAUCUGGAUAGAGGAAUGGAUAUGGAUCCAUCUCUAGAUAGAGGGGCUGGAGCAGGUCCAGAGGAAGGCAACAAAGCUGGGGAAGAGUCUGGAGAGCAGACAGCUGAGGGAGCUGGGGGUGUUCAGCCUGGAGGCUGAGACCUCGUUGCUCUCUACACCUCCCUGCAAGGAGCCUGGAGCCAGCUGGGGGUUGGUCUCCUCCCUAGUAUCAAGUGAUAGGAUGGGAGGAAAUGGCCUCAAGUUGCAGCAGGGGAGGUUUAGGUUGGAUGUUGGAAGAAACUUCUUCCCUGAAAAGGUUCUCAAAGACUGGAUCAGGCUGCCCAGGGCAGUGCUUGGCUCCCCAGCCCUGGAGGGGUUUCAGAGCAGUGUAGCUGUGGUGCUGAGGGCCGUGGUUGAGUGGUGACCUGGCAGUGCUGGGUUAGAGGUUGGACCUGAUGAUCUUAAAGGUCUCUUCCAAUCAAAACCAUUCUGUGAUCUCUGCCUUCUGCUUCCCAUUCCCAGCACAGUCCUUAGGGCAUGGGUUCAGUGGGGAUUUUUGACCCAUGAUGUCAUCCAGACAGGGGGAAAAAAAAAGAGAUUUGGGGUUUUGCUUGGAAUUCCCAGGGGAUCUGAGCUGCUAGAGGGAAAAGGCCCCCUGUGAGAUGGUGGGAGGACAAAGAUCCACCUCUGGAGGAGGAGGGAGCUCUGCAAGAGCCUCUGCACCUCCAGGCUGGAUUUGUGAUGAGUUAAUGCCUGUUACUGACGUGGAUGCUGUGGGAGCCUGGGGGGGAGGGGGACCCUGAGCACCCACACCACAGGCUCACAGAAUAUUAAGG